AUGAGACUGCAACUAGCAUUGAAGAAAGACAGCGAAGUGGUGAUUUUUUUUCCAGUUGAUGCCCUUGAUAGGGAGCAUGUGGUACCGCUACUGCCAGCGUCUGACAAGACUAUACACCCAAUUGUAGACAUGUCAGUAGUCAAGGCCCCUCGAGUUUUCUUUAGUCAUGGUGUUAUCAAAUCCAUAACUGUUGCAUCACUUGGGGCCAGAGUUGCUGAUGCCUCCUGUAGCACAUAA